UUAUGUACAAUCUUGGCCCAUCCAGUACCUCGGCCCGAUUACUACAUUCUACAUGAUCACGUCAUUCUGAAAGAUCAAAUUGGAGCUGGUGCAUUUGGGGAUGUUCACAUAGGGACGUUGAAAAAGAACGAUGGAUCUGCUGUUGACGUUGCGAUUAAGAAACUCAAGGGAUUGAUGACAAAAAGACAACGUGCUGUUUUCAUGAAGGAAGCAAAGCUUAUGCGUAGAUUUAACCAUCCGAAUAUAGUGAAUUUAUUAGGAGUCGCACCACAAGAAGAUCCAGUAAUGAUAAUACUCGAAUUAUGUCCGAAUGGUUCAUUGAACAAGAAAUUGAAGUACAAUCCAUCGAUACCGAUCAGUAAAUUAGUGGCUUAUGCAACUGACGCUGCACGAGGAAUGGUUUAUUUGUCGACCAAUACGGUGAUUCAUCGCGAUAUUGCUGCACGAAACUGUUUAAUCGGUAAGAAUGAUGAAGCAAAGAUAAGUGAUUUUGGUUUAUCAGUUGCUGAUCAGGAUACGAUUAGUGUGGAUAAACUUAGACAAAUGCCUGUUCGCUGGCUAGCACCGGAAACGUUGCGUCUGGUUAGCGUUCCCUGUAAUAUACUGUGA